UCACAUCGAGAUGGUUGGUUUGCAUUAUAUGGCCAAAGAGGCCAUUUGUGUGUCCCAUCUCACUGCCCCACACGCUAUCAAAACAUGACUCGCAUCGCGUCGCAUUACGUGAGUGUCUGUCUCUCUGCCUGCGCGUCCAUCGUCCUAUCCCACGGCGGCCCUCAUGAUGUCUGCCCCUCUCUCUGUGUGUGGGUGCGGGUGUGAGUGUGAAGGUGUGCCGCCCUCCCCCGCCCCCGAUAUGGCUGUGGCUAUCCCGCCCCGCUGCUUGUAGUCUUGCCUCUUCUCACGGCUGUCCUGCAUCACCUUCUCAGCCAACACCCGCACCACCUGCACACACACAGCCAUUCACACACAUUCGCAUGGCCAACCCAUGGAUGGGGUCGGCACGAAGUAGGUAGAUCAUUCUCUCUGUGCGUACGUGUUUGGCCUCGAUGGUGUGCGCCAUGGGGAUGUCGGUCCGCAGAGUGCGCGAAGGCGAUGUGAGACACUCAAGCGCUCUGUACACACAGACACACACGUGCAAGUUUGCGCGAAGACGGACUGGUGUACCUGUUGGCUUCAUCAGCAUCGAACGAAGGCGAGCGCUCUGCCAGCUCCCCCCACACCGCGCACCACAGCCCUCUGUCGGCAAACACCUCGGGCGCCCGGCAGAAUGUGCCCAGAUAGGCCACAAACUGACUGUUGGGUGUGACGGCAGCACCCAUCUCGCUCGCCAUCCGCUCGCACACACGGGAACCCAGCUCGCCCAUCGCCGAACGCAGAAACAGAUACCUGCAUUCACCAAAACACAUGCAUGAGUGUGUGCGUGGGGCGUAUUAUGUAUGUGUUCAAUCGUCUCUCACUCAGGGGUGGGGUUGUGUGGUCGUGGGCUGAGUGCGAGGGUGAGCAGGUCCACCAGUCGCAUGAGGGUGUCGGUGUGAAACGUGCUCAUCCGGGGAGCGGCCUUGGUGGCGAUGAGGGCGUACAUGGUGUGCAGCAUCGGUGUGGGUGGGUGGCCCACAAAGACCUCACAGAUGCCGGCCAGCGAGAGCAUCCCAAAGGCGUCGGCCCGCCGGCCGGUAUAGGUCAUGAUGUCGGUGGCCACCGACGUGUGGUGGACCAUUGUCGACUCAGACGAAUGGUGGACGUCCAAGAGCAUGUUGUACUGAACACACACAGGUGUGCAGAGAGGGGGGCAUUGGGGUGUGGAGUCGUGUCGUUACCUUUGCGAGAAAGUGCGCGAUUGGGACCACUUCGCUGGGCGCCAUCCUGUCACACCUCACCUGCGCACACAUCAAUCCAUUGCAGGUGGAUGUGUGUGUGGAUGUGUGUGGAUGUGUGCGCGAAUCCUCACCGUUUGUUUGGCGACUUGCGAGGCCAGCAGAUGCACCAGCGGCGCGUUCUCCCAGUGCAUCCUCUGACGCCACACGUGUGCCAAACUACACACAAUCACGGAGCACACGACACACACACGACCAAUACAGGCACACAUUCAUCCAUGCGUGCAGACAUCCAUACCAGCAGAGGUGCUGCGCCUUGCACUCGUGCAUGAUCAUGAGCGCGCGCUUGGCCAGCUUCUGGAAGAGCACCGACGGCACGUGAGACGACUGCACCAUGUGAUCACACACAGACAUGCAGGUGUGUAUUCAUUCGUUUGGCUGUCUGCGUGUGUGUGAAUUACUUUCAUGAACCCCCAUGCGACGCCACAGAGCUGGCCGGGCGUCAGAGACUUGACGUGCGAAUCAGCCAGCUGACAACACACACACACACACACAUAAAGGAAAUGUUCAUCCAUUUGUUCAUUUCUCCGUGUGUGCACCUGUUCCAGCCUCUGGUGUAUCUUUGACGACGUGCAGUUGGCCCGGCCGAGCGCCCAAAUCACUGAGUGAGACAGCGGCGGACGAAGAAAGCGACACACCCAUCCCACAGAUGUGUGUAGGGUUGAGGCGUGCACACGUCCGUACCAUUGGCGAGGGAGGGCGUGUCGAAAUAGGAAUUGGCCGCUGCCUGCAGAAGCAUACCAACACGCAGAGCAGAUACACACAUGCAUACCAGCAGACAGUCUGUGUGUGUGCGUCACCUUGUUGAGCGGAUUCUGUAUGGCCGUCACAAUGUCAGCCGUCAGACACUAGGUAACAGACAGACAGACAGACAGACAGACAUCCAAUUCAUUCACAAUGACAAAUCACUGCGUCCAUCACUGCCUGCACCCACGUUGACUCUGGCGAGGCUCCAGCAGACGUUGGCCAAGUCGCGGGCAGGCAGCCGAUCGGCACGACCCACCAACUCCCUGUAUCAAUAACGCCACGUGUGUGUAUGCGUGUUGGCCUUGGCUGUGUCCACACACACACACACGUACUUGGCGAUUCCUUCCCACAGAGUGUGAUUGACGGGUGCACGGCGCUCGUGGUGCGUUGCCUGCUCACACAUGUAGGCAAACCGACACAUCUGCAUCUCUUUCGCUCUCUCUGUCUCUCUGUGUUGUGGGGCAUCGCAUCACUGGGUGUACCAUAGCAAAAGCUGCGUUGCUGAAGGCUUUGUUGUCGAGUGCCGACCACCCGUGGGAAGAGAUGACGAACGACACCAGGGACUGCACACACACACACACACACAGAGAGAGAGAGAGAGACAAAGCAUGUCCUACACGAGGGUGUAUCGUGCAUUGCUUGCAAAUCUGUUUAUCCGGCAGGCCGCACCUCGACGAACGCCACUGCCUCGCCCUUGUGCAGAUGGUGCUUCAUCUGUAUCAUUGACACACCAAAUUAGCCAACAUUGAGUCAUGAAAAGCGCGUGUCCUGCGUGCGUACCUCUGAAAUGCUGACAGACAGAGUGCCCAGGUCGCUCGGCCGGAACAACGGCAGCUGCAGACACGCACGGAGGAUACAUGGUGCCUGACGAAUCCACUUGCGCAUUGUCGGGGCACAUACCUGUCUGUCUGUGGCGACCAUGAGGCCCCUGACGAUGUGGGGCAUGUUCAUGCCAAACACGGCAAAACCCCUCUGCACACCCAUACACACACAGAGCCAAGCCAUCCAUCCGUGUGUGAAGUCUUCGUGCAAGAAAGCCACCACAACGGGCAGCGCACCUCGUCUGAUGUCGACCCAUCCCAUUUGGUCCUGUGUGUUGCGCAUGCCCAUCAUAAGCAAGUCAGUCCAUGUUAGCGCGCGUGUGUGCACAAGCUGUGUGUGUCGGUGUCGGUGUGUACCUGAUGUACUGGUCGGCGAGUUUGAAAGAGUAGGUGAGCUGGCCGAUGUCCGCAGGCGAGAAGGAAUGCGGCAAACGAGACAAAACCACCUGUGUAUGCAGAAACAUCACACGCUUCAAUGAGUGUCUCCAUGUAUGUGUGUGCGUCUGUGGUCUAUGUGAGUGUCUAGGUACCUCGCUGGCUCGGUCGUAGAGCUCGCCGUGGACGUAUCCCAUCUUGGCGAAGCCCCACAUGAGCACGGACAGGUCGUGGGACGAGAAAGCAGCCAGCCGCGGCAAGGACAGCGCCGAUAUCGACCUGCAUGCAAACACACACACGAUGGCAUGAGUGAUUGAAUGGGUACACAUGUGUGUGUGCGUGUGUGUGUGAACGAACUGACUUGAACACUUGUGUGUCGGCCAUGCACAGUCGGGUGAGCACCCACGUCAGGUGGCUCAGUGCCUGUGUGAUUUCCCGCUCAGUGCGGAAGCCGCUCCCACCACCAGUCAGCCAAUCCGUCGCCCGUGAUAACACACGCUGCACGCACACACGGACACAAAGGGAACAUGGGAAGAAUGUUGAUGCCAUCUAUGUGCAUAUGUAUGUACCUGGAAGACGAUGUCAAGGUUGAGAGGGACCUCCUCUUGCCGUGUGUCCCACGUGUCGAUGAACCACUCGUACCGGCCAGACCCGCGAAACACGCGACCACCUGACACAUACAAGCGCACCCACACAUCAAGCAGAAGGAAUGCUCAGUCAGACACAGAGAUGCAAGCAGAUACUCACGCGGACCUGUUGCUGCGAUUGCCCUGAGUGCAUGGAUGGCCAUCUGCGGACUCAAAGACGACUCAACGCCAUCCAACUCCUGCAGAUCGACACACACAUAGAUACACUCACUCACCCACCGACACACACGUCCAUUCACUCAUGUACGUACCUUCAAGACCUGCGUCACCGACUGCGCCCGCCACAGGUUGCCUCUCAGCGCCCUCUCGUCCACGCUCAUAUGCACAUACCCCCUCUGCGCACCCCUGCAUGCUAGUCUACGCUGUACGCCACCACGAUCACCGCCACACCGGCUGUGGGCUAAGCGGAAGGCCCGGCCAGAUCGGUAGAACCACGAGCAGACCGUCACAAGGGCCAGCAGCAGCAGGGGCAGGGGGCGCGCACGUGGACGUGCACGUGCGCAGUGACUGGGGCGUGGGCGGUCAUCACUUCUCUGCCGCGUGCCGCACCUCUGUAUCACACACAUACAGAGAGAGUGAGAAAGAUCCACAUUCAAUGUGACGCAGCUCUGUGCAGAUGCGCUUACCCAGUGGUGAGUAUGCGGCGAGGGGCACUCAGCCGAGUCGGUGCGCCGCUCCUGGGCGCACGCCGGCUGUGGCCUAUCCUUCAUGUGCAAACAUCAACCUACGUACACAGAUCUCUCGCGCCGAUUGCACCCUUCUGUAUAGAGCAACCCACAUAACUGCCUUGGCAUUG